AUGGAAAGUAUUGUUCAAUUAAACCAGGAGCACCAAAUGCUACUCUGUCGACUUUGCAAAACAGCUGUUCGACCCGGAGCUGGCAUCGAGUCGCACUUUCGCCAAGAGCAUCAGCUGAAAGGCAGGGUGCUAAAGGACAUCAAAAACUACUAUGGAUCGAUGGAGCUAGCCGACCCGAAGUUCGAUCCUAUAUCUUCAUAA